AUGCAGCACGAGGUGGGGGACAUGCAGGACUACCAGCUGGCUUCAGAGGUGCGGCUCCAUGUGGACAGUCCUCCAUGUCGACCCUCUCUGACGGGCAGCUACGUCCACGGCACCUCCACCAUCUCCCUGCUCUGCCAGACGAUUGGACAGACCCUGGAGGCUGCCGCCCAUCGCUGGCCAGAACGCGAGGCCGCGGUCUUCAGUCAGGACGGCAUCAGGAAAACGUUUGCACAGUUCCAGCAGGAUGUUGACACGGUGGCUGCAGGUCUUCUGGCUCUGGGCCUGCAGAGAGGAGACCGUCUCGGUAUUUGGGGACCUAAUACGUAUGAAUGGCUCCUCUUCCAGUUUGCUACAGCCAAGGCGGGAAUCAUACAGGUGUCGUUGAACCCGGCCUAUCAGCUGAAAGAAGUGGAGUUCACGCUUAAAAAGGUGCAGUGUAAAGCAGUGGUGUGUCCCAGCAGCUUUAAGACCCAAAGGUUCUGUGACAUUCUGCGAGAGCUCUGCCCGGAGAUCGGCACGUCACCAGCAGGCGCCAUCAAGAGCACCAGGCUGCCUGACCUGCGCAUGGUGAUUGUGACGGACGUCCGUCAGCCGGGCAUGCUGCACGUGGACGACGUCUUCCAAGCGGCUGAGAGUUGUCAUCGCAGAGAGCUGAUGGAGCUUCACGGCAAGCUAUCAUUCGACGAAGCCAUCAAUAUUCAGUUUACUUCUGGCACCACCGGCAACCCGAAGGGAGUCACGCUUUCCCAUCACAACGUCGUCAAUAACGCCUACUUCGUGGGGUUGAGAGCUGGUUAUGACUGGAGACCUUGCGUGAGAUUGUGCAUGCCAGUGCCAAUGUAUCACUGCUUUGGUUCUGUGUUGGGAGGAAUAUGCAUGGCCGUGCACGGCGUCACGCUGGUCAUUCCCUCCACUGCUUACGACAGCCAGGCCAACCUGGAGGCCCUUCACAACGAAAAGUGCACUUUCCUCUACGGCACUCCAACCAUGUUCACGGACAUGAUCAGCCGCCCAGAUCUAGAAAAGUAUGAUCUAUCGUCAAUGGAAGCUGGCGUCAUGGCAGCGUCCCCGUGCCCCCCGGAGCUUGUUGCAAAAGUGAGAGCAAAGAUGCACAUGAAAGAGUUCAUGAUAGGCUACGGCACCACUGAGAACAGCCCUGUCACAUUCCUGGGAUUCCCACUCGACAACGAUGAGCUGAAAUUGAACACCGUCGGCUGCGUCAUGCACCAUGUGGAGGCCAAAGUGGUGGACGUUAAUACUGAGGAGACGGUACCACUGGGGGCCACAGGGGAACUGCUGAUCCGAGGAAGCUGCGUGAUGCAUGGAUACUGGGACGAGCGAGAGAAGACCCAAGAGGUCAUCUCAGAAGACCGCUGGUACAGGACUGGUGACAUCGCCAGCCUAAACGCUCUGGGGUACUGCCGCAUCGAGGGACGCAUCAAGGACAUGAUCAUCCGAGGAGGGGAGAACAUCUACCCUGCGGAGAUAGAGAACUUUCUCCUCUCACACCCUCAAGUGAAGGAAGUGCAGGUGGUUGGAGUGAAAGAUGAAAGGCUGGGCGAGCAGGUGUGUGCCUGCAUCAGACUAAAGGAAGGACAAGCAUGCACUGCAGAGGAGAUAAGAACAUUCUGCAAAGGCCAAAUUUCCUACUUUAAAAUCCCUCACUACGUGGUUUUUGUGGACGACUUCCCCAUGACUGCAUCUACAAAGGUCAAGAAAAACGUAUUAAAGGUGGAGAUGGAACAGCAGCUGGGCCUCAAGGUUUGAAAUCAUGCAAAUGUCACACCACAGAUGAAGAGAGGCACUGUUUUGAUUCCCUGUCAACAAAUUUCACACCCUGUUUAUCAUAUCAAUGUUUAUUUAUUCAAAACGUCAAGAUCAUCCCACAAUGGCUGUAACCACUGUGCAACACAUGAAACACAUGCUGUACAAACU